UGACCUGUCCUGUACCCAUCACUGUUGGACUGACUAACAGAAGGGUUUUUCUAGUAAGACGUCUGUUUUUGCGUGAAGUGUGUUGUAAAAGUGUUGUGUUCUCUGUCAGGUAUAGUUGGUGGUGUUCAGCAUCAGAGGUUGAGAGCGAGCUCCGCAUCAGCCCCGCACACUCAUCUCUCAGAAUGUCCAGACGCAGUCUCCGUCUGCACAGCAGCACCAGUCACUAUGGAGACGACGGUCUGCACCACGCAUCACUAAACCACAGCGCCGUCUACCGCCGCACAGAUGACAGGUCUGUGAAGAGCAGACGAUCUCAUCUUCACACGCCCAAGUGUUCGGCGUCUGUCCUGCAGGCUCAUAACAGCACAGUGAACAGUUGUGCACCCAGUGACGCUUCACUCCUGUCCUCUCUGCUGGACGAGUCGUCCAUACAGGAAAACACGCGGGUGGACACAUUCUGGGGUCUGGAUGAGGACGAUCACGAUGGCAAAGAUGAAACUCUCAGGGCACAGCACAGCACGGUGGAGGCCAAAACCCAGACGUCCAGAGCUCAGAACGGUUUGGCUCAUACAGACGGACGCUCACCUUCAUCUGCUGGACAUCACGGAUGUUUCUCGCAGUCGGCCAGCACACGUCUCUGUCCCAACACUACUGUAUACUGCCGAGAGAGCCGCAGACACAAGACGCAAGGAGUGUUGGGGAUGUUGUCUGAGAUGUGUGUUGAUAACAGCAGGAGAAUAGCUGCCUAUCUAGUGUACAUAUUCACCCUACUGAAAGGUAUCAAACACACUUCACCAUCACACUUCUGUCGUCUUGAAACUGAAGUUACUGCAAUAACAGAUAGAAGUGUCGAUAAACCAGGCAAUGAGAAAUACAACAGCAGUAUGAGUGUUAAAGACGUGCUGCUGCAGAAAGAGCGACCGAGGUUUAGCGGUGUUCUCUGUGACGACUGCAAAAGAAAGAACACUCAAUCGUCUCAAGAACGAGCACCUGUAGGGGACUUAUGGUCCCUGAUAGUUUUAACAGGGAAGUGGGCCUCAGGAAGUGUCUUGUGGCUUGUCGAUGUCUUUGCUCAGUGUCUCCCUAUGCUUUCAAAACUCUUGUUUAUUGUACCUUUUCUUCUGCUUCUCGCUGUGUGGUACUGGGGUCCGGCGGGACUUUUGGCUCUGUUCUCUUCGGUCUCUCACCACACUCAGACCAGAGACAGACAAACUCCUGCUGACAUGAACCCUCAGCGGGCGUCAGUGGUGAUGUCUUCAGUGGAAGUGGAGAGAUUCACGCGUCUGGAGGAGAGUUUGGCUCAGCUGUGGGAUCGAGUGGCUGGCGGUUUACUCCGACAGGAUGAACAGCACACUGAAGUUCUCAGUCUGUAUAACACGCUGCGUUUGGAGUUUCACAGACACACAGACAGAGAGAGUAUGGCCAAAUGGAUCGGAGACAUGCUGGAGGAGAGAUUCAGCUAUCUGAAGGGAGAGGUGGAAAAACACAGCAAGAAAACACAACAAAAUCAUGAUGAGAGAAACAUGAGAGAAGACCCGUCAGAGAACACUCGACUGGCUGAAGCUGAAGCUCUUCUGCAGACGUUAGCACGCAAAACUGAGGAGCUUCAGAGGAGACAGGAGCAGCUGCUGAAGAAGAAGAAGAUUCCUGACACACCGAAUCCUGACAGUGAUGAGUCUGACAGCGGCUCCAGUGAUGUUGUGUUGGCGGAGGUGAAGAGACUGGAGGAUGAACUGGAUCUCAUCAAAGUUAAUAUUCAGGGGCUGAUGGGAUGCAAAGAUCGAUGUGAUCAGCUGGAUGUCCUUCAGAACUCUGUGUCAGAUCAGGUGGAGAAGGAGGUCAAGUCUCUGUUGUACGGCAGCGAUAAAGCUAAUGAUGUGGAUCUCCCCGAGUCUCUCGUGCAGUGGCUCUCAGAUCAGUUUGUGAGCACCACAGAGCUUCAGGAUUCUCUCCGAGUCCUGGAGAAGAGCAUUUUGGGUAAUCUGUCUCUUCAGAUAGAGGAGGGUGAGUCACCGUCAGCAGAGACCAUCAGCAGAACUGUGCUGCACGCCGCCGGAGAGACGGGACUCACUGAAGACCAUGUGGAGAUGAUUGUGGAAAACGCUCUGAAGCUCUACUCUGAAGACCGCACCGGUCUGGUGGAUUAUGCGCUGGAGUCUGGAGGUGGCAGCAUUAUAAGCACACGAUGUUCAGAAUCUUUCGAAACUAAAACCGCUCUGAUGAGUUUGUUUGGUAUUCCGCUGUGGUAUUUCUCUCAGUCUCCUCGUGCUGUCAUACAGCCGGACGUUCAUCCCGGGAACUGCUGGGCGUUUAAAGGCUCUUCUGGAUAUCUGGUGAUUGGUUUGUCCAUGAGGAUCGUGCCAACAGCUUUUUCUCUGGAGCACAUCCCUAAAUCUCUCUCACCCACCGGUAACAUCGAGAGCGCUCCUCGAGACUUCAGUGUGUAUGGUUUAGAUGAUGAGUGGCAGGAGGAAGGACAGAUGCUCGGUCAGUUCACUUAUCAAGAAGAUGGAGAUGCUCUUCAGACCUUCUCAGUCACUGAGGAGGUCACGAGAGGUUUUCAGCUCAUAGAAGUGCGUGUGCUGUCUAACUGGGGUAAUGUGGAGUUCACGUGUAUGUACCGCUUCAGAGUUCACGGUGAGCUGGUGGAUGAAUCUGAAGACGAUACGGCUGACGACAUCUGAACAUCUCCACAUCAGGGUUAUGACGUUCUCUUUUCUCUUCUUGAUGAUUAUUGUGCUUCUUUACUUUUAAACUGAGACAGCUCAAACUAAAUGCAUCCGUGAAACUCUGAAUGACACAAACCAGAAGAAUGUAUUUUAGACAGAAAUGUAAAUCUUGUCAGUUUUGCGUGAUUAUUUAUUUGUUUGUGUUGGGGGUGUAUAUGUUGUUUUGAUGGCUGACAUGUGCUUUAUUUAAGAACGACUAGACAUCAUAUUUGUUUCUGUCCAAAGCAACACUGAUUGUGUAUUUUUGUAAUGCUUCGUGCAAAUAAUUUUGUAAUGCCGUGUGAUCUUUACAGGUUGGCUUU